AUGUGUAAUCUGAGGAUUUACCAAAUUCUGGGUGGAGCUUCCGAGCUGGCCUUCCUGCAGGAGCCGAAUGACGUGAUCGCCGUGCGAGACCGUCCCUUGAUGCUGGACUGCCAGGUGGAAGGCGAGGGGCCGAUCUCGGUGACCUGGCGCCGUAACGGCCGGCCCGUGGCCACAGGCCUGAAGGCGAGCGUGCUGGCCAAUGGGACGCUUCUGAUCAAGAACUUCUCCAAGAGGAGGGAGAGCAAUGAGACGGACGCCGGCGAGUACGACUGCGCCGCCCAGAACCGCUACGGCAUGCUGAUCAGCCGCAAGGCACGGGUGCAGCUGGCAUCUCUCCCUAAAUUCCACACACACCCAGAGUCGAUGAUAGUGGAUGAGGGCGGAGUCGCCAGGUUGGCCUGCGUGGUGAAUGGCAUCCCAGAGGCUAACAUCACUUGGGAGAGAAACCGAACUACCCUGAACACUGACGACGAGAGGUACACCCUCCUCCCUUAUGGAAUCCUGCAGAUCACUGGAGUGAGGCGACAAGACAGUGGCGUGUACCGCUGUGUUGCCAUCAACAUCGCUAACACACGCUACAGUCACGAGGCUCAGUUGACUGUCACUGUGGCAGCCCCUAGGAUCUACAAGGAGCCUGUGAUCCUGUCGGGUCCACAGAACCUGACCAUUACCAUUCACCAGACCGCCAUCUUGGAGUGCAUUGCCACCGGCAACCCAAGACCCAUCGUAUCCUGGAGUCGCCUGGAUGGACGCUCCAUCGGGGUGGAGGGCAUCCAGGUGCUCGGAACGGGCAACCUGAUGAUCUCCGAUGCCACCCUGCAGCACUCAGGCGUGUACGUGUGCUCUGCCAACCGCCCCGGCACCAGGAUGAGGCGUACCGCGCUGGGCAGACUGGUGGUGCAAGCUCCUCCUGAGUUCCUGCAGUGGCCGCAGUCUGUCUCCAGGCCAGCAGGGGCCAGCGCUGUGUUCACCUGCACCGCCCAGGGCGUCCCUGAGCCGCACCUCAUCUGGCUGAAGAACGGCAAGAUCCUGACGCCCGGUGUUAACGUCAAGCUCACCAACAACAACAGCACUCUGGCGGUGACACGCAUCACCUCAGAGGACGAGGCCAUUUACCAGUGCAUCGCCGAGAACAGCGCCGGCACCAACCAGGCCAGCGCCCGCCUGGCCAUCACGCAGUCGACCGAGCUGCCCGAGGCACCUGAGGACCUGAAGGCCACGCCCCUGUCCUCCACCAGCCUGCAGCUGAGCUGGGCUCAGCCCUCCCCCGAGGUCACCGACGGCAUCAUCGGCUACGUGCUGCACAUCCGCAUGCUGGGAGAGCCAGACAGCCGAGAGCUGCAGGAGGCUGUCAGUAAGACCACCUUCCAACAUGAGUUUGCUACCCUGGAGCCUGCCACCACCUACUCCAUCUACCUCAAGGCUUACUCCCCCUUGGGGGCCAGUCAGCAGUCCAGCACUGUCAUUUCCACAACACUAGGGGGCGUCCCCAGUUCUCCUAGUUUUUUCACCAAGGUUCUGAACAAGACAGCCAUGCAGGUGUUCUGGGAGCUGCCCAGUAAGCCUGGCAAGGUGGAAGGCUUCAAGCUGGCUUAUCGCGAGGUCCCUCAGCCCGACUUCCAGGGGCAGGAAGUCUUUCCCGGCCACAUCAACACCCACACCAUCUCCCACCUAGAACCUGCUGCUGUGUACGAGAUCCAGUUGGUGGCCUUCAACGGGAACGGGGAUGGUUCAGCCAACAAGCGUUUGGUCUCACUGGCUGAGAGUGGUACCAGCGCCAAGAACGGCGGCGGUGGUCAGGUGCCCUGUAACUGCGGGCAGAGCACGGAUGCUUCCAUGACGGGUAUUGUGGUGGGCAUCCACAUCAGCAUGGCCUGCAUCAUCUUCUGUGUUCUCUUCCUCAUGUUUGGUUACAGACGCAGCUUCUUCUGCAGGAAGGGGACCCAGGACAGCUGGGGGGCUUCACAGGGACGGGACCGGGGUGACGUGGGACAGAGGGCUGCUGUCCCCAAAGAGGGGGUGAUCCGCAUCCCCGAGGCUAUAGAGUUAAGGCCUCAGAGAUGUAACUCCGCUGCACCAGUGAUGGUGGUGGGGGCCGAACACGCCCCUCCAGCUCAGUGUCACAUCUUCGUAGAGCAGGCUCCCCCCUGCCAGCCUGGCACAGGCUAAAGCAAACACAAC